AUGAAAACUUUCUCCACUCCCGACAAUUUUUACUCGAACUACGACCUGAGGGGCUACGUUUCGAGAGGGGCGAACAGUGUGGUAAGGAAUUGCAUUUCUAAGAAGAAAUCCUCCGAGAGUUACUCGUCAAAAAUAAUUGAUCUGACAGCUGCCGUUGCACAGGGUUCGUCCGCUGAUAAGGAGCCCGCCAAAAACCACAACAAUGAAGUUAACAUGAUGAAGAUCUGCUCUGGACACGAAAAUAUCUGUCAGUGUCUUUUUGGAAAAAUAAAUUUUUCAUUUCGGAUGACAGAAAUUAAGUUUACAGUUUGGGCUAGGGUUACUUACAACGUUACCUGCGUUUUUAUCAGAUAG